UUCUCCUAAGGAGGUCAUGGAGGUUCAUUCACAUCUUAUCAGAUCUCCGCCGCCAGUUUACUGGCCAAGUAAAGUUUUUGAAUUCUCUGCAGCUGGAUGGAAUUCUCCAAUAUCUCCAUCAAACAGAUCAGACAGAGCAUUUUCACCAGAAUCCGGCUCAGACGGUAUGGAAACAGAGAGGAGUUACCAUAGUUAUGGAGCUAGGUCCCAGAGCGAAGAGAGAAUAAUUUCUCCCUCUGGAGAUUUACUCAGUCCUGGUACCUUGUCUCCUGUAAGAGGACAAACUCCUGCCUACUCUCCUAUGCGAGGAUAUACUCCUGAUAUUCAGGAUUUCUCUCCUCCACCAGAUAGAUCUCGGAAAUAUUCAACCCCUGAAGGAGUUCGGAUGUUUACAACACGCUCCAUGAGCCAAUCCUAUCAUAGAAGCACGAGCACCAACAGUACUACCAGCCCUUGUACCAGCCAAGCAAACCAUCGUAUUAGAUCUAGGACACCAGACGAGGAGUUUUCCCCAUCCAGGUUUAAUAUCUACACGCUGCAUCAUAGAAGCCAAAUACUUCGUAAUAAAUCUGAAUCCAGCUACUUGGUCACUAGCCCGGGCAGAGAUAUGGUUACUCAUUAUCAGCCAGUAUCCAGGCGAUCCCUAGCUAACCUUGGAUCUAGAGCUACUCGUAAAUCUUCAGACUUCCUCUCUUGGCUACCCAACAGAUCAAGGUCGCGUUCUCGACCUGACGCCAAGUCAAUGGAAAACCUUCAAUCUCCUACCAGCAACAACAGGUCCCUAAACGCGAACUACAGGCUCUCCCACAAGUCGCUGAACUUUGUCAGCGCCGACGAAGCUGGAUUGCUCAUCUCUGAUACAGGCCCGCCGGUCGGCGGUGGUGCAUCUCCCCGUCCAACCCGCCGGCGGUUUUCAGGUUUGAAGAAAUCGUUUAGCUUGAAACAGAAGAAGUCGACUGGUGGCCCACUCUACGUAGAUAUUGAUACUCAAAAUUUGUGAAAAAUUGCAGAUUUUGUUCAAUUAACCUAAAAUCUAGUCAUCACUUCAUUAGUCAGAAUUUUAAUAGUUAUUUUCCUAAGGAAAGCUAAUUUUUAUGAUUUAUUUGGGGUUUAUAGUUAGUUUCUAGAACUCUUUCAUUUCUAAAUAGAUCUCUUUAAAUAUACUCUCUGUUUUGUAGACUUUUGAUUUAAAAAAAACUUUUUAGACUUCUAAAUUCCUUUUUAGAGUUUUUGUAAAGUACUAUUUAAAUUUUAUUUGUUUAAUCAAGCACUGUGUAAUUCAGAAAACAAAUGAUUGUAGGUUAAGAGAAAAAAGACAUAAUUUCAUUUUCUCCUUGCAUAAAAUUUGUUAACAUUUUUUACGCCAAUGCAGUUAAUGCAGUGCACUGAGAGCUGUUUCCAAUUUUGAAUAAAAUAUUUCAAAUACAAACCCUUCCCCCCCCCCAUUCAACCCAUCAUUUAAACAC